AUGGACUUGUAUGGAUUUUUUGAGCCCCAGAUAAUACAAAAAUUAGGGAAUAAAAAAGCUGAGUCUCAAAAUUAUAUCAAUGAAAGGAUAAAAACUUCACCAAAGCAAAUUUACUUGGCUCCUUAUGUCGAUCAAAAUCAUUGGCAGCUCUUGGUUCUUUGUCCUACAAACAAUGUUGCAAUCUGGUUUUGUUCUUUGCAUCGUAAGCCCAAUGUACAAUUCAAAAAUUUAAUAAAAAGUGUUAUGGUUGUGUAUAAUGUUAUGAGUGGUAGAUCUACAGCACAACCAAAGAACCUAGAUUGGAUUUACCCCAUGAGUAAUAUGCAACAAGGACAUUAUGAAUGUGGAUACUACGUGAUGAAUUGGAUGUUGGACAUAAUUGAAGGAGAAGUAACAACUGAUUGGAUCGAGCUUUUUGACGAUGUUGCACCAUUGCCAGAAACAAAAUUGGAAGACAUUCGCAGUCAAUGGGCAAAGUUCUUUUUAGAAAAAUUUAGAAAUAGAUCAUGA